UGUAUAGUACACGAAUUGUUGAGCCACACUUCAACGUUCAUAAAGCAGACCGUCUGUCAGUCACCACACAGGGGGCUCCAGCAAGUUGUUUUUUGAAAUGGCCAUCACCACCAACCUCGUAUUUUCCUGCGUUGUGUUGUCUGUAUUUGUCCAUGAACAUUACGCAUGGGACUUCAACGGUGCAGAUGAUAGGCGACCUGGCCUGCAUAUAUUCCACCACACCUGCGCCUUGAAGAAGGACGAGGGGCCCUGCAAGGGCAUGAUUGAGAGAUACUACUUCAACAUCGACAACGGCUCCUGUGAGAGCUUUGACUAUGGUGGAUGUCAGGGCAAUGACAACAAUUUUAGGACCUUUGAAGACUGUGAAAAUAUGUGCAUAGUGAAUGAGGAGAAGAACCCCUGCCACCUCACAGACGAGCCGGGGCCUUGCCGAGGCCUGGUCCCCCGCUACUUCUACGAGCGGCAAAGCCAGAAGUGCAAGCGCUUCUUCUAUGGGGGCUGCUUCGGGAAUGCCAACAACUUCAAGACCAUGAAAGAGUGCGAGGCGAAAUGUCAGCAAAGAGUCAUUCAGACUGUCACAGAUGGUCCAAAGCCCACCAAACGCAGCCAGGAGAUUCCCAUACCAGCCGAUGUUGUCACACAGCCUCCUCUGGAAGAGGUGCACACAAAGGCACCCAAGUUGAAAGCUGUGGAAGCUCAUAUGGCUAAUGUUCAUAACGAGUCGCACAAGCUGGAACCUGUAGAUGUGGCCCCAGCGGCCCCGGUGGAAGACAUGCACGUCCUGCAGAUCCAGGAGGCAGCAGCGCUCAACAUCCCCCAUUUUUGCCUGAGUCCCAUUGACCGCGGCACCUGCGAUGGCACUGAGAGAAGGUAUACUUACAACCCUAAGAGGAAGAAGUGCCAGCUGUUCCGUUACAGCGGUUGCGGAGGAAACAAGAACAACUUUGUACACAAACGUCACUGCAUGAAGAUGUGCAUGAAAGGGAGCAGUAAAUUGGGCGUCAUUCGGAUCAAGAAGAAGAACUCUCAUGUCUUACAUCCUGCUGACUGAGCCUGUAGACCGGCCGUAUUAUGAUACAAGACAGCACUACCUUUUAAUCCAGAGAAGCUAUUUAUAUCAGUACAUUUGAGGUCUUCUGUAGUCACUUCUGACGAAGUCUCCUAAUCUUAUAUCAUAGCCUCACAUAAAUUUGUAUAAACAACUUAUUUUUCUAUUCUUAGUAUUUCAAUUGUUUUGUGUAUACCUCUACUUAUUAUGCACUAAAUGGUCUGUAUUUGAUACAUUUGAAUUAUAUUAAAGUUUUUUUUCUCAAAA